AUGGCCCCAAAGAAAAAGCCCAAAGGGAAGAAAAGCAAAGGCAAGGACGGGGCUGUGGGCCCUUCGGGCGCUGCACCUUUUGCGAGUGAGAAGGAGCAGCGCUUGCAGAAGGAACUCGACAUCCUCUCCGAACACGUCGUCACCUACUCUCAGCGGCUGCGGCACUUCCAGUCGGAAAACGAGUACUUGGACAAGGAAGCCCAGCAGGUCCGAGAAGCCAGCAAGGUCUACCUCUCUUACUUAACCCGGAGAACCGUCCGUUGUCAGAAUGCCAUCGUUUCCCUGAACGACCAGAAUCGGUCUGACCUCUCUCAGAUCCAGAAGCAGAAAGCAGAGGUGGCCGCUCAGUGCGCCGAGAGAGAGAGGGAGGUGAGGCGCCAGCUCAUGGAGCUGGAAAACAAGCUUUUCCUCCUGAACCGGGAAGUGGCUGAGCUGCAGCCCUGGCAGGAUCUGCAGCUUCGACAUCUGACCCAGAUACGGGAGCUGGAGAAGGAGCUGCUGAUCACCAAAAUUCAGCACGCGGAGCAGAUGCACAGAGUCAAGAGCCGGUUCCUUCACCAGGCGGCCGACUACGAGAUGAAUGCUCAGCAGAAGGUCCAAAUUCUGGCCAAACUGGCAGAGGAGGCGGCUGUACGCAGCCUCAUCCAGCACACCAAGCAAGUGAAAGCCGACAACUGGAGCCUGCAGAACGAGCUUCUUGGCCUCAUUAAGCAAGCCCAAACGCUGAAGGCUUUCCUGAGACACUUGCGGGAGCAGCAGCACCGCCUUUUCCAAGAACACCAGUGCAGGCAAGACCUCGCACGCAGGCGCUCCUGGCUGCAGCAGCGUCGUGGGUCUCGCCAGGUCAUCACUCCCGGCAGCAGCUUUCGAUGCACUCCGCCAGCCAAGGGCAAGCUUGCCUCGCCUUUCUCUCCAGGGGCCAGCCUGCUGAGCGCGCAGGGAUCCGGGCCCUUCUCAAGCAGCUGCCAGCCAGAAAGGAUGGCCGCGCCUCCCUUUCCCACGCUCAGCACUUGA